AUGGGAGAAAGUGCCAAUGUUACUUCGAUUUGUUUAUCAAAUGAUUGUAGAUACGCGCUAGUUAAUCUUUCAACAGAAAAAAUUCAUUUAUGGGACAUUGAAGAAAAUCGUUUGGUUAGGAAGUAUUAUGGACAGAAGCAAGGCAAAUUUGUUAUCAGAUCUUGUUUUGGAGGAAUAGAUCAAGGAUUUAUUGUUAGCGGAAGUGAAGACUCAAAAAUAUAUGUUUGGCAUCGAGAACACGCUACAUUAAUAGAAGCAUUGCCAGGUCAUAAUGGAACUGUAAACAGUGUCAAUUGGAGCCCAGUGAAUCCUUACAUGUUUGCUUCAGCUGGAGACGAUCAUACUAUUAGAAUAUGGGGUACACCAAAUGCAGCAGGCUAUAAAGGCAAAAUGAAGACGCCAUGA